AUGCCGAUAGCCACCUCGCCGGUCCGUCAGCCCAGCGGUAUCACAAAGUUCACCAACUGCCGUAUUGUCAAAGACGACCAGCUCGUCUACGAGGACCUGUGGUUCAGCUCGGUGACCGGCAAGGUCCUUCGCAGCCAAGAGAUCUUCUAUGAGCACCAGCUCGUACCCGAUCGUGUCAUCGACCUCGGCGGCCGUAUAGUGUCGCCAGGCUUCCUAGACGUCCAGCUUAACGGCGGCUUCGGCUUCGACUUCUCUGUCGUGCCUGACGAUGUUUCGCUCUACGCAAAGGGCGUCCUGCGAGUCAAUAAGAACCUCAUCACCACCGGCGUGACUUCGUACCUGCCAACACUGACGAGCCAGAAGGCCGACGUCUAUCACAAGGCAUUGCCGUUCCUCGGCCCCUCCGGUCUCCGCAGAAAUGCUGGCGACGGUGCUGAGUCACUGGGCGCCCACUGCGAAGGCCCCUUCAUGAGCCCCACUAAGAAUGGCAUCCACAAUGUUGCGGUUCUCCGCACGGCGCCGAACGGCAUAGCGGACCUCGAGGACUGCUACGGAGCCGAGAACAUGGAGGCCGAGUACAGCCCCAUCAGAAUCAUCACCCUUGCGCCUGAACUUCCAGGGACCCUGUCCUGCAUCCCGGAGCUGAAGGCCCGUGGCAUCGAUGUCUCCAUCGGUCACUCAGAGGCUACUUUCGAGGAGGCUACUGCCGCCAUGGACGCCGGUGCGAAGAUGAUCACUCACUUGUUCAACGCCAUGAGGCCGUUGCACCACCGCAACCCCGGCAUCUUCGGCCUGCUCGGCACCGCUGCGCCAUCUUCGCAGAAGCCUUUCUUUGGCCUCAUUGCUGACGGAAUCCACUUGCACUCCACAACCGUCAAGAUUGCCUGGCACGCCCAUCCUGAUGGCAUGGUUCUUGUCACGGACGCUAUGGCACUUGCAGGUCUCGAGGACGGAACGUACGAAUGGACCAAUGGCUCGCGCAUUGUGAAGCGUGGCCCCGUUCUUACGCAGGAAGAGACCGGCAGGAUCGCUGGUAGUGCCGUGUCACUUAUCGAGUGCGUCAACAACUUCCUGAACUGGACUGGUGCCACCAUUCCACAAGCUCUCAAGGCGGUGACCGCCACGCCGGCCCGCAUGCUUGGCCUCCAGGGCGUGAAAGGCUCGCUCCAGCCCGGUGCUGAUGCCGAUCUCGUCGUGCUGGACGAAGAAUUCGAUGAAAACGGCACCCGUAGGCUGCGUGUCGAUCAGGUGUGGAAGUUUGGUGAGCCCGUGUUCAACACUUUGAAGAUGGCACAGUUUUGA